AUGUCGGUGGUAACAUGCAGAACCAACUGUAACUACUCUUUCGAGACAAACGAGUCUGACAUGACAGACUACUCCUGGAUAGAAGAAGAGUUCGGUGGUUACCCAGUCAUUUACCCUAUUACAAUUUAUCAUUUAUAUUCUGUGAUACUUUUUGGAAGAAUUUGCCAUAUUGUAUGGUACGUUAUUGGAUACAUUGGAAAUUUUAUAUCUUUGAAAAUAUGGACAUUAGCAAGAAUGAAGCGUUUGAAUUCGUCAGCACUCUAUCUUGCUGGAAUCACUAUUUGUGAUAUCAUGUAUCAAGUAUUACAUGCGUUCUUCUACCUAAAGUACUUCUGGGGAUAUCCUUCUAUUGGAUAUACAGGAUUAUGUCAGAUUUGGAAUGUCCUCAACAUUAUUCCACAGUAUGCUAGUCAGUUACUUGUGCUUGGUUUCACAAUGGAACGAUCUAUCUCAAUAUUUAAACCAUUCCAGGGUGAACGAUUUAGCAAACGCCAGCGAGCACCCAAAACCAUUGCUUGUAUUAUUGUGGUUGUCAUUUUAGUGGCACUACCACAGGCAUACUUCUGGAAAGUUAAUGAAAGCGGAUUUUGUGAAAUAGGAAGCGGGAAUGAACUUCUAGAGAUAUAUACCAUAUGGUCCUUUGUGUCUGAAAGCAUUAUAUUUUUUCUUGUGCCAGCUGUCACACUAAUACUUAACAUAUUUGUGCUUCGGGAAACGUACAAGGUUGUAAGCAGGCAUAGACGUCUUAACACGGAUACCAACGGGCCAUCGAGAAUACACAAAUCUAAUACCUAUAGGCCUGCAACAAAAACACUUCUAUGUAUUUCAUUUUUUAGGAUUCUCACGCAGCUUCCGGUAUCUGUAACUUAUACAAUACAAAACCUCGACAAGUUCAAUUUCGGGCAACUAAUGCCGUUGGAAGAGAUGCGAAAUGACUCCCAAUGGAGAACAUUUCUUUCCUACUGGGAAGGCAGAAUUUUCAUAGAAACGAUUGGCGCAUCACACCAUGCGCUAAGUGUAUUUAUAUUUUGUGCAUCUACAAAACAGUUCAGAAACGAAAUAAGUAAACUGUAUAGCUCGUUAAAGUGUUGCGUUAAGAGAUAUUCUCGACGAAGACAAAAUGGGCACGAAAGAAGCGGUUCCUUAGAUCUAAUGUACAUGUCAAGUUAUUAUAAAACAACAGAUAUGUCGUUUACUAACAACUCACCAGAACACUGA